UGAUGAGGAAAAAAAGUGUAUUUAAUCAAUUUUAGAGUAAGGCUGUAAUGUAACAAUAUGUGGAUAAAGUCGUCAAGGGGUCUGAAUACUUCCCGAAUGCACUGUAGCUAUAUCCGAAUUUGCACACAUCAACUCUUUUAGACAAUUCUUUUAAACAAGCAAAAUAAAUAAGUGUUCAAUCAUUACUGAGUGAAUGAACAACAACAAAAGCUUCCUUUCAUCACCAGACUGUCUAUUUAAAUAGUGUCGAGAUAAUGUGUUCAUGACAGGGUUCGUAGCAUAAGCGUUAAUGUCAACACCAUGGAAUCUUGAAGGGUUACCACAGCAACAAAAUCCAAAUAUUUUCCAUAAAAUAAAUGUUAAAAUGUUCUAACUCAUUUUCAUUGGGAAGGCAGAUACAGCAUUAUUAUCAAAAGCAAACCCUUUCGCUUGAGAACACAAUCCUAGUAACUACCACCCUCUGGGGGUUUGAUUAAUCCCGGCUGGGUGUCAAUGUAGGCGUGUUUUGCAUUGGCUGAAAGUUGAUUGCAUUCGAUUUGGAACCAGGCUGCCUGCUGGACGUGAGCCAAGUGCCAUGUUCAAAGCAAACGGCGAAGUUGGCUCAAAAACAAAAGUGACCUAUUUAAAGCAUGUGUAGUAAUUACUAGGAUUCUGUGUUUUCCCAGGCAAAAGGGAUUGCUUUAAAAAAAAAAAAGAUUUUAUCUGCCUUCCCAAUGAAAACUAGUUCGAAUUUCAAACAUUUAUUUUUAUGGAAAAGAGAUGUUGUAUGUUUCUGGACAAUGCACCAUGCUGCCUUGUUAACAAAAUGACAGAGCAGGGCGAUUUACUGCGUCGAUUUGAGAAGGGCGCACCUCCCUCCGCGCUCUCCAGGGCGACAACCCUACUGGUGCCCCCGCCUCUUCUUCUGUGGGGUUUAUCGGCAGAUGGCAUCCAACGUUAUGAUGCAUUACCGCCACCUACUGUACUGGAGCGGUCCCACCUGUGUACCAGAGUCCUAGCUUAAAAAUGUACCAAUAAAGGUAUAAAAAGAGUUUCCUGCAGAUGCAGGAAUGCCCACAUGCAGGAACAACCCAAAUUGUGUGCCGCAAUUGCACCCUGCUCCGUCUUGCUGCUACGGAGAAGAGUACAGUGGAGACUGGAGAGACCAACCCUCAUCCUUCAGAUGUGCUCCACCCCUAUGAGCUCCUCACCAGAUGGCCUGGUGUCCAUUCUGAAAAGGAGGAGGGCGUCGUUAGAUGGCCUGCCCCCAGAGGGUCCCGAUGCAGCCAAACAGAACUCCAAACGCAAGGUGCGCUUCAGCGAGCCAGAGGAUGGCAUGGAACCAGAGGAGGUGGGUGGAGACUCUUGUUUGAUCCUGCUGUUGUUGUGCUUAGUAACCGUGGUGAUCAGUCUGGGCGGGACUGCUCUGUACUGCACCCUAGUGGACACCUACAGUAGUAUCUGCACCGACUUCUCUCACAACGUGGACUUUUACGUGGUCCAAGUACGACACUUCCUGGACGGGCUCAGACACUGGCUGUCCAUACGCUCAUAGUCAGCACAGUCUAUCGGAGCAGUAAGGACAUACAGUCAGUCGCCUGCUGCAGCAGUAUAUGGACUUAUACAGAAGCCCACCUACUGCUACAGUCUAGGGACUCUUAUGAAACCCUAGGAGGAAGACAAGCAAAAAUAUACUGUAAGACUGGUAACACUAUUGGUUGGAGAGAAUGCUUUAGGUGAAGUCAGACACUGGCUCCCCAAACUGUCCAAGCCAGGGAAUAGAUUCACUAUACUGUAUGAACUGCUCUGAGACUGAGACAAGAUGGAGCACCUUACCCUAGUCCCAGUAUGAAUUAGAGAAGGUCAUUGAAGUUCUGGGAUAGGGUCUGAAAUAGAGUGAACGGGCUUGUGAGCAUUGAUGUAACAGGAGGCACAGGUGCAGACAUUUUGAACUACUGACAUUUCAUAUGCAGACCAAACUGUUUCCGGAACACUGCCUCCUCUUGUUUUUGACCAGAAGUUUUUAACCUCGAGAUGGACACAGCACAAAAGAGCUCCCAAAAACACGCAAAGGAACAAAACACAGCAUUGUAAAGUAUAUUCUAGUUGGAUUUUUUAUUUUAAAAAAAUAUAGGUUUAUCUGAAUUUGUAAAGAUGUUUAUCUGAAAAACAGAUACAAUUCAGAUAAACCGUAAAGAUGUUUAUCUGAAUUUGAAAGCCUUGUGGUAAAAUUUGGGGUACAGUAUGCCAAUAAAAAAAACAGACAUUUUGGGGGAUUGAAAGGACACUUUUUUUUUUAUUAUCAACAUUUCUGUGUUUUUCAUGACAAGUCUUCUCGACUCCUUGACUUGUCAAAUGUAGCCUACACGUUGUACAUUUUACAGCUGUUUUUGUACAUGGAGACAUGGGUUUAGAAUUGCUCUUACAUUCCUCUGAAGGUACGCAAGGUUGUUGACCACUGCAAAUGAAAGUCAUUUGGGAAGAAUGGCUCUCUGGAAUUGGCACAUUGUUAAGUCAUUUGUUGAAAACAGAGUAAUAUCAAUACAAAUAUGCAUGAAAGAUACUGUAUGUAUGGCUCUUGGUAUGACAAUAUGAACAAGGUUUAAUGUUCAUACAGCAAUGCAUUUAAAUGUAGUCAUGAUAUUCAGUACUUGUACUGAUUACUCCAAUAUUUCAAGAACAUAUGUUAACUUUUUUGUGCUGGUCAAUAUUGUUAUGUAUUGUAACCAUACAUUUGUCUUUUAUUCUAUGUGUCUAUUUUAACGUAUUGAAUACAAAUCCAUUUCCUUGCUUUGGUGAAUAAACUUUGUUUGCUUUUUAUCUA